AUGGAUGGGAGGGUCACCUCUGUGCGCCUUUGGGUAGCAGGAGGGAAAUCUCUGAUUGUCUUCAUGGCAUACAUGCCAAAUGACAUCUCAGAGUACCCAGCCUUCCCAGAGCCACUGAGAAGUGUCAUAGUGAGGGCACCAUCUGGGGACUCUGUGGAUCUACUGGAGGACUUCAACUCGCACCUUGGCAAUGAUGGGGAAAUUUGGAGUGGGUUGAAAAACAUCUCUCACCUGGAGGCUGAGCUGAAACAGAAAGACAUAUCGUCCAAGAUUUCUCAGCUGUUGCUACUGCCCAAGCUAAACAACUUGUUGUCCCGGGCUUCACUGGUGGCGGUGCUCUGGACAGAAUCAGCACAAACCACUCCCCCGACUGUCCAGUUCCUGUACUGGCAUAUAACAACACCACCCCCACCAUCCUGUGGUCCUGCUCUGUUGCCAACUGAGCUCUGGAGGCUGUCCGCAGUCAUAUUGAAGAUCCUUGGAUUCACCUGGGAGCUAAACCAAAAGCUCCAACCAGCUCUAUCCGCCGUGCUGAACAUGCUGAUGGCUGGGCUGUCGUUGGCUGAGGGAAGUGUACUGGCAGGUGGUCUUGCUGCUGUCGACAGCUUCAGGAGAUCCAACUAUAAAAUAAAUUUGACGUCCUGGAUCUGCAGGAAUUCCCUCCAUUUGCCUGCCAGUCCCCAGCAACAAAAAAUACCUGAGCCAGCUGCAAAGCGGCGCCCUGGACCGGCAACAAGCCCCUCUCCGCGGUACCGCGCCCACCGUGUUAAGGGCAAUGACUGUUUUGACCCAGAAGCAGAACGUGGACUAGUAGGCAGAGUAGUAUAUGCCAGUCUGACCAUGGGGUCCAGCUGCAUGUUCCUCUACAUCAACAGUGUCCUGCUGUUCACCUUGAGGAGUAAGUCGGUAUUUCGUGAAACCUCCCGCUACAUCCUGCUGUAUAAUCUUCUUUUUGCAGACACUGUUUAUCUGAUAUCAAGUGCACUGCUUCACCUGUUGGCUGCUUUUCGGAUAAAACUGACAGUUUACAUGUGCAGUGUUGUAAUGUCACCCCCACUGCUCGUGUACUCAAUCUCGCCUCUAACCUUAACGGUGAUGUCACUGGAGAGAUUCGUGGCCAUAUGCUAUCCACUGAGACACACUGUCAUCAUCACCAUCAGAAACACAGGUGUGGCAAUCACCAUGGUGUGGGUCACCAGUUCCCUCCGCAUCAUCAUUCGUGUUUUAACGCUAUUAUGUUCAAACUCUGAGUUCUUAUUCAACCUGCAGAUGAACGACUUCUGCUCCGAAGAGGCCUUGUUUCUUGUACCAAUAUAUUAUUAUUUUGUCACAGCAUAUUCUGGCAUUGUCUUCCUGUCUGCAGGUGUCACAAUCAUCUGUUCCUAUAUAGGUGUGAUGCUUGUUGCCAGGUCUGCUUCAACAAACAAAGCCUCAGCCAGAAAGGCCAGCCAAACCCUUUUGCUCCACCUGUUUCAGCUGGGCCUGAUCCUCAUCUCCACUUUUCACUCCAACAUCAUCACAGCCGCUGCUACAAUCAUGGACAGAUCACAUGUUUUACGCCUUUCCAUUCUUUUCUUUAUUUGCCUCACCAUCCUCCCCAGGUGUUUGAGUACUUUCAUCUAUGGCCUCAGAGACCAAACCAUCAGGCCAUUCCUCAUACAGCAUCUAUGCUGUCAUCAAAAGCUAAAGGAAAGGUCCGUUAGCCUUUAUAGAUUAAUCACAUAUUUCGAGGUUCUCACUCAUCCAGGUCAUGGUUACCCACACAGAGCUUAG